CGCGCGGGAAAGUGUCGUUUUCACAUGUGCGCUAAAGUAUCUAAUAGGAUUGCCGCGCAAAAUCAAUCAGCGGCGCAGUUUCCUCUUAAAGGGACAGUAGUGUCCUCGAUCGCAGGCGGCCUCCAUUAAGCGGGAAGGUGCCUCAGCUGCGGUUUGGAGGGUAGGAGAGAAGGAAAGGGGACGGAGCUGCCGUAGACAGCCCAUUGUUGAUUUGAGUACAGUAGCUGAAAGCUGGCAGAGGCAUUCGAGCGGCGGUAUCAGGACAAGCUUUGAGGCGCACAAAAAGGAUUUUGAGUAAGCGGAAGUUGGAGAAGAGUAGGAUUUGCUAAAUGAGCUUCUGGGGGGCUUACCAUGGUCAUCUGCUCUCUACUGGCCUCCCUGCGUAUCUGCCUGGAACGACAUCCACCUCUGGUCUCCUUCUUCUUCUGCCUCCUUUCGUUGGCUGUUGCCUUUGUUGGUUUUGCUGCCUACAUCCAGUCACAUGAUAUUCAUAAUCCUGAUGUCAAAGAGGACUGGGACUCUCUGCUGAAGUCUCUGGCACAUUUAAAGUUCUGUAUCCCAAAUAAGACUCAGGAAAAUGUCACAUCACCUCCUUCCAUGACAACUGCUGAAUCCCCGACAUCAGUAUCUAUCAUGGUUGGCUUGACUUUUGAUCUCCACAAUGGCACAGAUCUUCCCAAUGGUACACAUUUAGGUCUGACCAUCAGUGGGACAAAAUUGGGUCUCAGAGGUCCAGAUGCCCAGAAAUCAAUUCAUCUCUUGGCUGUUAUCACAAAUUCAUUAUCCCGUGAGAACUGCCUUAACAUCAUUGCACCUUCAUCCCUUCUCCCCAAGACCAGAAAGCCACCAAAAUGUGUAACAGGGAAACAGCGCAUGAAUUUGGAAAUGUCAGGGAUUUGCUAUCAAUCACGUUAUCAAACUAAUCCUGCCCUAUCCAGCAUGCUAGAUCAGGCGGAUCGUACCCUCUGCAGCCAGCGCCUCCUCAUGACCAGUGCUUUCCUUCUCUGCCUCUGUGCCAUGCUGUGUUGUGCAGCUGGCCUAUAUUAUCGUCUCCCCAGAGACAAAUGGGGGCAAAUCUAAGUGGAUCAAGCCAGUGCUAUUCAUUCUACAUUCCAGAAUACUCAGGUGUCCCAGCUGUGUGUCCUCCCUUCUCUAUACAGCUAUACUAUGUAAAAUUCACCAUUUUGUAGACUGGAAGCUAGACAGUAGAAUGGUUGGUAUAUGAAUAAAGUUGAACUGCUAUUUUGGUUCAUAGGAGAGAUGAUAAAAUAAUUUAUUAAAUACAAAAGACUGAGACUUAUUUGUAUUUUAAGUGGCUAUUCAACUGAUAAAAAUUGUAUAAUAUAU